AUGCUGGGGAUUCUGGGGCUUUGGGCACUGCUUCCCACAGCUGUGCAAGCACCCCCAGGCAGGCGGACCUGUGUGUUCUUUGAGGCCCCUGGAGUGCGGGGAAGCACCAAGAAUCUGGGGAAGCUGCUAGAUGCAGGACCAGGGCCCCCCAGGGUUAUCCGCUGCCUCUACAGCCGCUGCUGCUUUGGGAUCUGGAACCUGACCCAAGACCAGGCACAGGUGGAGAUGCAAGGAUGCCGAGACAGUGAUGAGCCAGGCUGUGAGUCCCCCCACUGUGACCCGAGCCCCCGAGCCCAUCCUAGUCCCAGCUUUACUCUCUUCACCUGCUCCUGUGGCACUGACUUCUGCAAUGCCAAUUACAGCCAUCUGUCUCGUCUGGGGAGCCCUGGGACACCGGGUUCCCAGGGCCCCAAGGCCAUCCCAGGCGAGUCCAUCUGGAUGGCACUGGUGCUGCUGGGGCUGCUCCUCCUCCUGCUGCUGCUGAGCAACAUCAUCUUGGCCCUGCUACAACGGAAAGGCUGCCGGGCGCAUGGUGGGCCAGAGCCAGGGCCGGGGCCGGAGCCGGAGCCGGAACCACACUCAGGCAGGGACUGGAGUGCCGAGCUGCCCGAGCUGCCCGAGCUGUGCUUCUCCCAGGUAAUCCGGGAAGGAGGUCACGCAGUGGUGUGGGCCGGGCGGCUGCAAGGCAAGCUGGUUGCCAUCAAGGCCUUCCCCCUGAGGGCUGUGGCCCAGUUCCAAGCUGAGAGAGCAUUGUACGGGCUGCCGGGCCUACGGCAUGACCACAUUGUCCGCUUGAUCACCGCCAGCAGGGGCAGCCCUGGUCCCCUGCCCUGUGGGCCCCUGCUGGUACUGGAACUACACCCCAAGGGCUCCCUGUGCCACUACUUGGCCCAGCACACCAGUGACUGGGGAAGUUCCCUGCGGAUGGCACUGUCCCUGGCACAGGGCCUGGCGUUUCUCCAUGAGGAACGUUGGCAGGAUGGCCAAUAUAAACCAGGUAUCGCCCACCGGGAUCUGAGCAGCCAGAAUGUGCUCAUUCGGGACGAUGGGUCAUGCGCCAUUGGAGACCUGGGCCUCGCCUUGGUGCUCCCUGGCCUCGCCCAGCCCCCAACCUGGGCUCCUACUCAACCCCGAGGCCCAGCUGCCAUCAUGGAGGCGGGCACCCAGAGGUACAUGGCACCGGAGCUCUUGGACAAGACUCUGGACCUACAGGACUGGGGCACGGCCCUCCGGCGAGCUGAUGUUUACUCUCUGGCUCUGCUCCUGUGGGAGAUCAUGAGCCGCUGCCCAGAUUUGCGACCCGACAGCAGACCACCACCCUUCCAACUGGCCUAUGAGGCAGAACUGGGUAGCACCCCUACCACCUGUGAGCUGUGGAACUUGGCGGUGGAGGAGAGAAGGCGCCCUCACAUCCCAUCCACCUGGGGCUGCUUUGCCACAGACCCUGGUGGCCUGAGAGAGCUCCUGGAGGACUGCUGGGAUGCAGACCCAGAAGCACGGCUGACAGCUGAAUGUGUACAGCAACGCCUGGCUUCCCUGGCCCGUCCUCAGGAGGCCCACCCCCUCCCACAGGGCUGUCCACAUGGCUGCCCACCUCUCUGCCCAGAAGACCGUCUCUCCACUCCUCCGCCCUGCCAUUCUCCCUCGUAGGCCUCAGCUGAGUGUCUGCCACUUCAGUGUUCAGCAAGGCCCUUGUUCCAGAAAUCCUCAACCUGCCCGUACCAGUUCUCAUGUGUAAAUAUGCAGUUUAUGUAGAGUCGGUGUA